AUGCGCUCAAUAUUCUAUUCCCUCCUGUCGCUGGCGACGAUUGCAUCCACACUUGCCGUUGACAUACCGAGCGCAAAGAAAGCCGAUGUCGACGAGGACUGGGACAAGAAGCAACCCGACACCAUAUUCAAUGGCCAGAAAGUGCCGCCAAUGAUAGAGCUAUCACAGAAGAACAUAAAGGAAGAGAUCAGCAAGGGAAACUGGAUAGUAGAGUUCUUCUCGCCCCAGUGUCCACACUGCAUGCACUUCAAACCCACCUACCAGACCGCAUACGAAUUCUACUACACCUCGAAACCCAUCGCAUCCAAAGAUGACAGCGAAGGCGACUCUCUCAACUCCUUCACCCGGUAUUACGACUUCAAGUUUGCAAAGGUGGACUGCCUGGCAUUUGCAGACGUCUGCAACGAGCAUGAUGUCCAAAGCUAUCCCUCCAUGGUAUACUUCAUAGAUGGGAAAGAAGUCCAAAGAGAGAGGGGCGCAAAGGACAUGAAGGCUCUGAGCGUGUGGGUAGAAGAGCUUCUGGAAAAGCUCCGGCCUGGCUCGCGCAAAGAGGGUGGGCCUAAGCUACCCAAGCCAGGAGCGACGUCCGUCGAGACCGGCCCAGAUACUGAGGAAGUCGUCAAGGAAGAGAAGGCCCUCAGCUCCACCCGACAAAGCACGCCUACAAAAGUAGCUAGGCCUACACCGGCCAAGGCGAAGGCGAAGCCUACCUCGACUCCGAAUCCAUCAGGCCUCGUUGAGCCGCUGACUGCAGAGAAGUUCCAGAAACUGGUCUCCAGCACGUUUGAUCCCUGGUUCAUCAAGUUCUACGCGCCCUGGUGCCAUCACUGCCAGGCGCUGGCACCGAACUGGUCGAAUAUGGCACGCCAAAUGCAAGGAAAGCUCAAUGUCGGAGAGGUCGACUGCGAUGUUGAGAAGAAAUUGUGCAAGGACGCAAAGGUCCAAGGCUACCCAACUAUGAUCACUUUCCGCGGGGGUGAGCGCAUCGAGUACGAAGGCCUACGAGGACUAGGUGACCUGUUGGACUACGCCGAGAAGACAACGCUAGUUGGCGAUGGUGUCCCUGAUGUUGAUGCCGCUAGCUUUAAGAAGCUGGAGGAAACCGAAGAGGUCAUCUUCGUCUACUUCUACGACCACGCGACCACCUCUGAGGAUUUCCUAGCGCUGGAGCGACUUCCUCUUAGCUUGGUCGGACAUGCUAAGCUGGUCAAGACGAAUGACCUUGCGCUGUCCGACCGCUACAAGAUCUCCACUUGGCCGCGCUUAGUUGUCUCGCGAGCUGGGAAGCCUACAUACUACCCACCUAUAACACCCAGGGAUAUGCGCGACACGACGAAGAUUAUCUCGUGGAUGAAGUCUGUCUGGUUGCCAAUGGUUCCCGAGCUGACAUCCUCGAACGCGCGUGAAAUUAUGGACGGCAAGCUCGUCGUGCUAGGCAUAUUGAGCCGAGAGCGCUCCAAUGAGUUUCUCAGCUCUAGGCGCGAGAUGAAAAGUGCGGCUUUGGAGUGGAUAGACAAGCAGGAAGCUGCGUUCAAACUAGAACGACAAGAGCUUCGCGACGCCAAGCAGCUUCGGAUCGAAGAGGCAGAAGACAAAGACGACCAAAGAGCGUUGAGAAAUGCCAAGUCCAUCCGCAUCAACCUAGACGAGAUUGAGCGUACACAAGUCGGCUUUGCCUGGGUCGAUGGCGUGUUCUGGGAACGCUGGCUCAGGUCUACGUACGGUAUUGACGUAAAAGAGGGGGAGAGGGUAGUUAUCAAUGAUGAAAGUCACCACCGCUACUGGGAUACAACAGCCUCCGGCGAACCUAUUCGCCCCUCUCGCACCUCAAUUCUCGAAACACUCGGAAAGGUGACUUCCAACCCCCCAAAGAUUGCCCCAAAGUCCACAUCCGGCCGGUUCAUGGGUACCUAUCUGUCUAUACGCCACUUUUGUAACAAUCACCCGUUCAUUGCGUUGGGGAUGGUCGUGGGCUUCUUUACCGCGGCAGUGCUGUUCGGCAAGUCGAGGAGCAGGAGAUCGUUUGGAAACACGGGCGCCUACUUCCAGCUGGGAGAGAAGGACGGGCUGUUGGGAGGGAUGGGCAAUGGGAAUGGGGGUGCUAAACAUGAUUGA